AGGCCGCUAAUGAUUAUGCGCGGCGGGUCCCUCUUCCCCACUUCCGCUCUCAAGCUCCUUUACAGGCUGGUUUCCGGUCGGAGUGUGGGGAGAGUUACAACUGCCAACCAGACGGACGGCGACGUGCAGGAACGCGCGUCCAAAUUCUCGUGUUCCACCUGUUGCUCGAGACUCUCAAAGAUGUCAACUCAAGGCCAUGCUUGGGCCCGACAGGUGAAGAAGGAGGAUGAGGAAGAGGAUCCGCUGGACCAGCUGAUUUCCCGCUCUGGUUGUGCUGCUUCCCACUAUGCAGUACAGGAGUGCAUGGCCCAACACCAGGACUGGCGACAGUGUCAGCCACAGGUACAGGCCUUCAGGGACUGCAUGAGUGAACAUCAGGCAAGGCGGCGGGAGGAGCUGCAGAGGAGGAAAGAGCAAGGCAGUGCUCACCACUGAGACCCCAAACCACCUAUCCCCAGAGGAUGUCCCUGAAGAAACGAGCCCAGAGAGAUCAUAGGAGGAAGAAGUCCUGAACAGUGGAAGUUUGGGCCGAAAGGUGUAAAACAUGGGGAUUGUCUGGCCAAGACUGACUUUGAGAGCCAGACAGCCAUGGGUUUGGACAUGACUGCUGUAAAGAGCUGUCAUAUUUUCAUUGUGCAAUCCCACACAUCCUCACCUACCAUGUUACACCGAUAUUAAAUGUCAACUGAUAUUGCCAAGUAAAACAAAGAGUUGGGUUAAGGGAUGCUCUCUUACCUUACAUCUUGGGUCAGUGUGCCAGGUACCAAGCCGAUUACAUGGAUGUUUAAUUUUAAAAGUAAAUUCACAAUCUAAAUGUAAACUGAUUACCUAAUCAGGUCUUCAUUUAUUGAGUAAUUGGUUCAACACAGCAAGUUUUUCUGAGACCUUCCCAUGUGCCAGGUACUGUGUGAAUGAAUAAUAUGAUCUGAUGUGAUAAAUAAUAGGAUCUCUUCUUUCAUGUUUCUUAGUCUGGUUUGAGAGAUAGAAAUAAAUAAAACAGCAUUAGAACAACUAA